AUUUUGGAGAUCAAAGAUGGGUAAAAAAGAUGCUUCCGCUGUAAAGCUUCCUGUUGAUCAGUAUCGAAAGCAAAUUGGUAAACAGGAUUAUAAAAAAACCAAACCUAUUUUACGAGCAACCAGAUUAAAAGCAGAAGCAAGGAAAACAGCGAUAGGCAUAAAGGAAGUUGGCCUUGUACUUGCAGCUAUAUUUGCCCUCCUACUGGCUUUCUAUGCCUUCUUUUAUCUCAGACUGUCGUCAGAGGUCGAAUCUGAUCUAGACCCAGAUGAAGAUUAGCGGAAGAGUAUUCAAUGCCUGAAACAGAAAUAAUUUUAUAAAAGCAUCUUUGGGACUGGUACUUUCUGAAGUACUGACACUGCAACAUCUUGACUUCUUCCUGCUGAUGUAUUCAUUUUGCAGACACAUCUUUUUAAAUAGUUGCCUGAGAUAUCAAGAGAGGACUCUCACAUAGCAAGGUAGUAUACUAUAUGGCAGCAAACAUUUUUGUAAAUCUUUCGGCUUUGACAAGCGUCCGUGGUGCAUUUAAAUAAAAUGGAAAAUAUCCCAAAUUUAAUUAUUUUAUAUUAUAAGCAGUUCAUGCAGCUCUAUCACUUGCCGAUUACUAAAUCAGUUUUGUUCUGUGUAUAAGUGCAUCAUAAAUAAAAGCACGUAGUUUUGUUUGCAGAAACGUUCUCAAAUCCCAUUAAGAGCCUAAGAAGGAAUGAAAAGUCAUGGGAAAUUUUUUAUUCCACAAAGGAGCCCUGCUUUUUUCCAGACGUAUUUUAUGUCAUUAGAGAGACUAGCUGCACAUAAAACUACAGUACUCUUUUCCCUUUUUCACCAACUGUUCAUUGCACAUGUGCUCCAUCAGAGAUGGCACCUGCAUGACAGAAGCUCAAAGAGUCACAUAUGUCUCUAAAAUACAAUCCCUUGCCUCUCGGGCCAUCUGAACUGGUGUAAAUAGAAAGUUCAGUGGAUCUUGAUUUUAAUUAACUUAUUACUCUAUUAAUAUAAACAUGGAACUCUGUUUUAAUUAUUCUAUCCUGGCAGGUUGGAGUAUCACUUUGCCCCUCUUAUUAGGGAGAGCUGCAGCAAUCUGUCAUUGAAACAUAAAGUCACAGAAGUCCUGCCCACCCCCAGGAUGUUCCUCAUGGCUUUUCUCCUGAAUCUGAAUGACCUGACGUUGUUUUGCAAAAUUACAUCUUGUGCUUUCAGAAUUAAUAAGUUAGAACUCUUCAGUAAAAAAUAAGUAAAACACAUGCUUAAUAUUACUCUUAUGCAGAGAUUUCUGUUUACAAAAUUGUUUUCAAUGUGGUUUGCAUUUGUUUAUGCAUAAUAACCAGUAUAUUUAAUGUUUUUACUAGCAGUCAAGUUUUGAAAUAUAUUUUUUAAGACUCAUGAACCUUAGAAGAUAUUUGUCCUCAAAGUAAUUCUUGGCUACUAAAUUCUAAAAAGCUGUGUAGAAAUGAAUAGUUUCAGUAUGAGCACAAGAUAGUCUAUAGAUUAUAUGUUAUAUUCAUGAAGAAUAAAUAAUUAGCUUUGGCUACAUAAUGUCCAAGAGAAGAAAGAUUUGACAAAGGAUAAAGGGCUUUCUAAGAUCAGCUUGUUAAAAACAUUUUCAAAAAAGAGGUCUUUGGUACUUUUGCAAAAACGUGGAUAUGACUAUGUAGUGUUAGGUUCUGUACAAUUUUUUCAAGCAGCAUAAUCUAUUCCCUCAGUGUGAAAACAGGCAAAGGUCCCAAUAGUCUCACAGAUCAUUUACGCCAAACAUCUGAGGACAAAAUUUAACUGUGAUUUACAGAAUUCUUCCCUUUGAACUCAUAAACUCACGAGACAGACCAAGAGUUCUUCUACGCUCACCGCCGCGGACCAAUCCAAGUGGCAUUUUUAGGAAAGGUUGCAGCAUUUCGUGCCAUGUGGUAUGUCUGCUCG